UGAAAUUCUCAACGGAGCGGGGGGUGUUGUGUGUAUAUUCAUAUAUCAUACUUAAUUUGUUCGGUUGUGUUUCCAUCCGUAACAGCGCAGCCUUCUGGGACAAAUCCUAUCUUCGGUCACAUCUCCAUAAUUCUCUUAUCAGUGACAGUAGCAACACUGCGAGGGCUAUGGCGACGCACUCUGGUUGUUUGCAUUUGUCCGCUGGUGGUAGUGAAACUCGUUUGAAUUGAGGCCACCAAAUGGAGAAUACACCGUUCCAACACUUGGCUACUACGUGAAAACAUCAUCGAUUAUUUGUGAGAAUCUGAAAGCUGUUUUGUUCGCUGAACUUUCACGGUUUGCGUUGUCACGAAAGGUGAAGGAUGUUUUCUGUCUUCAAGAAACUAGCCGCAAAAAAUGACAAUCCGGUUGGCGCUGGGAUUGGUUCCGCUGGUGUUCCGGAAUCUGUCGGUCAGCAGAUGUCCGAUUCGCUCAGGAAAAAGUUUUCCCGUGGGGUGCAAUAUAACAUGAAAGUGAUCAUCAAGGGCGAUCGAAACGUUGGUAAAUCGUGUCUGCUGGAGCGUUUGCAAGGGAAGGCCUUCCUCGAGCAAUACAAUCCAACCGAGCAGAUACAGGUAGCCUCGAUUCAGUGGUCCUUCAAAGCGACGGAUGACAUCGUCAAAGUGGAAGUCUGGGAUGUUGUGGAUCGUGGCAAAUCCAAACAGAAGACAAGCGUGCUUAAGCUGAAUACAGAUUCACAGGUGGAAGACAUUCCCGUGCUCGAUGCGGAGUUUCUCGAUGUUUACAAGGGUACUCAUUGCGUCAUCAUGAUGAUGGAUAUAACGAAAGCCUGGACGUUUGACUACGUUUGUAGAGAGCUGCCAAAGGUGCCGGCUGAGAUCCCGGUGUUGCUGCUAGGGAAUCACUGUGACAUGGGACACCAUCGGGUGGUCAGCAAGGAUCAGAUUCAGGGAUUCAUCGAAGAGUUGAGUCAGACCCGAUCGGCGGAGAUUGUAUACGGAGAUAGUUCCAUGAGGAAUGGCUUCGGCUUGAGGCUGUUGCACAAGUUUUUCGGCAUUCCAUUCCUGUACCUGCAGAAAAGUGCCCUCGAGGCGUCACUUAAGAAGAACGAACAAGACGCGGACAUAUGCCGGCUAGAGAUCGAUGAAUUUCUGAAGUCUGACGAGUCCAACUACACCACCUUCCUAGAAAGUCUAAUUAGUCGGAAGAAAGCCAAGGAGACGACAUCACCCCACCAGCAAUCUGCUUCCGCUCCGAACACCCCCUUGGAGGUGCUUCCCCGUCCGACGAAGAGUAUCAUUCUUGGCGGAGGUCAUCCCAUCAUCGUCCCGGACAAGAAUAGUCACCUGGCGGUCGCUUCGACCUCCACUGUUAAUACUGCCAAACUAGUCUCCCCCGCGGCUAAGCUUGCCGCAUCGACACCAACAAAGGUUUCGCCCGGAGUGGAAGCGCUGCGCAUUCCCAAAAGUGCGACAAUGGGUUCGAUGCUGUCCGAGGGCAAAAGUGGAAAUGGGUUUGUCGCUCUGGGAUCACCCGGUGGCGGGAAGAUUAGCAAUGUGGACGAGUUUUGUCCCGAUGGUGGCAUGCUGGAUAAAUCAUUUCUGGAAGAUGCAUCAGAUGUCGCAGCAGGGUUACCAGAGUCGAAUGCGGUGUUGGAGUCCGAAAGCGAGGACGAAAACCAUCACAACCCGUUGGUUUCACGGUUCGAUGACGACUUAGGAGGCGAUGGUGCUGAUCAACCUCAGCUCGUGCAGUCACAGCUUCCAAGGCCAACAAGUUUCCAAUCACCAAUCACCAAAGUGAAUCCAUUGCGACAGGACAGCCUAACGCCUUCCCCGAAUCCUGCCGUCAUAGACAGAGCGUUCUCUCUGUCCAGCAUUGAACUAGAGAUCGAUCGGAUGGAUGCCUCAGGUGAAAAACCCAGACAAGUAGCGGUAGAUGCGGACGGAUCAUUGAAUGAUAGUGAAAGCUGGACGCCGGACACGAAGGAACGUCGGUCUCCCGAGGGUGGAGAGGACGUUGGAUCGAAUGUUUCGGUAGCGUGUUUAAACAGUAGCGGAAGCGGAAGUGGGAAGAAGAGCAAAGAUAAGGACAAAGACAGAGAGCGUACCAGUAAGCACAAGAAAUCGAAGAAAUCAAGCCGAGAGAAAGAUGAAUCGAAAGAGGAACGACGUCGCAGCAAACGCAAAAGUCACGUCGAUGAAUUUGUGCAUGAAAUGAAAUCUAGUGCCGAAUAUUGCGAAGAUGCUUACGAAGCUAUUUGAGAUUAUGAGUACAGCGGAUAUGUGAAGUCUGAUCUGCUUGCGCCUAUUAUUUUAUUUACGAGUUUUUAUUUUUUUCCAGUUGACUUAACUCUCCAUAAAUAUACAUUUUUAACUUCUGCCUAAAGUGUAAUUCCCUUUAAAGCGUAGUGAAAAAAACAUAGUUAUUAGUUAUUAUCCAAAAAGAUGUGAACUAAUCAUUCAAUGUACUUGAAAACAAGAAUAGAAAACUACAUUUUACGAACAGUUA